CAUGGCAGCCUUUCAGCCUUUGCUUCUUCUCACCCUGACUGAAUUAGUUGCCUCUCACCCUAUAAUCAUCACCAAAUAUGGACGAGUUCGAGGGAGGUUGAUGACUGUGCUAGAUGGUCAGGUUCAAGUAUUUCUUGGUAUUCCGUAUGCAAGACCGCCUACUGGAAGUUAUAGAUUCCUUCCUCCGACCCCUAAACCUAAAUGGGAACAUGUGUUGGAUGCCGUUACAUUACCAAAUUCCUGCUACCAGGUGCGAGAUACCACCUUUCCAGGGUUUGAAGGUGCAGAGAUGUGGAAUCCAAACACCCCUGUGAGUGAGGACUGUCUGUACUUGAAUGUUUGGGCCCCUGUGUUCAAGACACCCAAACCCCAACGCGCAGAUCGUGUUCCUGUAUUAGUUUGGAUAUAUGGAGGUGCCUUUGUGUCAGGAACAUCCACCCUGGAUGUCUACCAAGGCCAUUUCCUGUGUAAAUCUCAGAACGUUGUUGUGGUAUCUAUGAAUUACAGACUGGGACCACUUGGCUUUCUGGCUAUUCAUGGACACAAAGAAAUCCGGGGAAAUCAAGGUCUACUGGAUCAGCGUUUGGCACUUAAAUGGGUGGUUGAUAACAUUGCUGUAUUUGGAGGUGAUCCUAAAAAGAUAACACUAUUUGGGGAGAGUGCUGGAGCAGCAUCUGUGGGGUUCCACCUGCUCUCUCCAGGCAGCCAGGGCCUCUUUCAAAGGGCUGUGAUGCAGAGCGGCGUCCCUAAUGCAGCAUGGGCCAUAGCAAAUAAAACUGAGAUAUAUGACAGAGCCGUCGGACUAGCAAAAUUGCUAGGAUGCCCCGUGGGUAGUUCUUAUCGUAUGGGAUAUUGUUUGCAGGAUGCUAGUGCUGAAGACAUAGUAAACAAACAAUAUGAAAAUCUUGUUCCGCCUUCAGUUUUGUCCGUGCCUUUUGUCCCAAAUAUUGAUGGAGACGUCAUACCAUCUGACAUAGAAACGUUGCUAAACAGCUCUACUCUUCUCAAAAAAGAACUGUUGAUAGGCUUGAAUAAAGAUGAAGGAACCUACUUUCUUUUUUAUGGAAUGCCUGGUUUCAAUCGCGAGGGUGGAAGUUUCAUCACCAGGAAGAACUUUAUGGACGGUUUACCACUAGCACUGACAAAUAAAAGUGAGCUUGUUAAAGAAGCUGCUAUUUUUGACUACACUGAUUGGCAAGAUGAAUCCAAUACGAUGUCCAACCGUGAUGAAAUGGGGAGGAUGGUUGGAGAUGUGCUGUUCAAUUGUCCUUUAAUGGCAUUUGCUACUAAGUUUGCAGAACAUGGCGGUAAGACCUUUUUUUAUUUUUUUGACCAUGUGUCAUCCAAAAAUCCCUGGCCAACAUGGGCGGGUGUUAUGCAUGGCUACGAGAUAGAAUUUGUCUUUGGGAUGCCUCUGAAUACUUUGUUGAAGUACUCAGAGGAUGAAGUGACUUUGGCCAAGACGGUUAUGCAGCACUAUGGCAACUUUGCCCGGUCUGGAAAUCCAGGGUUUAGAGGAGGUGACUGGCCACUGUUUACCGCUAAUGCUCAGAGCUAUGUCACUUUGAAUGACGAUAGUAAAGGAAUAAAGAGCAGGUUAAAAGCUAAUGAGUGUUAUUUGUGGAACAAUUUGAUGAAAGAAUAUCAGGAGUUGUCAGAUUCCCUGACGCGGUGCAGUUCAAGUGGGAUUGUUCACUACAAUUGGGUGUUCCUUCUUAUUUUGUUAGUUAUCAGUUUUACCCAUUGACUGAGCUCCUGCUCUUUGCUUAAUUCAUGUGUUUAAUGUGUAACAGGUGGGUGCUUGCUUUUUUUAAAUAUGUCAAAUAUUAUCAGAGCACCACCUGAAGCCCAUAUGUUGAUCUUCGGGUCCCUAUAGCCUGUUUUAUUUAAGGGUUCACUGAGAAGCAUAGUUUGAAAAAAGGCCCUUUAAAACUAUUUUUACACUGUUUGAAUAACUUCCUUCCUAUGCUGAUUACGAAUAGUUGUUAAAGUGGUUUAUCAUUAAAACAAAUUUAUUCUA